AUGUCCCUGACCACAGUGACUUGGCUGGCCCGGGGCAUGGCGGACCCAGUGGCAGGCAUCGCAGGCUCAGCGGCCAAGAGUGUGCGGCCAUUUCGCUCAAGUGAGGCCUAUGUGGAGGCCAUGAAGGAGGACCUGGCUGAGUGGCUCAAUGCCUUGUACUGCCUGGGUCUGCCUGGCGGUGAUGGCUUCCUGACGGGACUGGCCACAGGCACAACCCUGUGCCAACAUGCCAAUGCCGUCACUGAGGCUGCCCGAACCUUGGCUGCUGCCCGCCCAGCGCGAGGUGUGGCCUUCCAGACGCACAAUGUGCUACCUGGCUCCUUCAUGGCCCGAGACAAUGUGGCCACGUUCAUCGGCUGGUGCCGCACGGAGCUGGGCGUGCCUGAGGUACUCAUGUUUGAGACUGAAGACUUGGUGCUGCGCAAGAAUGAGAAAAGUGUGGUGUUGUGCCUGCUGGAGGUGGCACGGCGCGGGGCCCGCCUUGGUCUGCUUGCCCCCCGCCUUGUGCAGUUCGAACAGGAGAUUGAACGGGAGCUACAUGCCACACCCUCGGUCCCUGAUGCCUCUGCUCCUGGGGAAAAUGCCACUGAAACCACUGCUGCACCAGGGGCUCCUGCCCGCGGGCCUCGCAUGACCCCCAGCGACCUGCGCAACCUUGAUGAGCUGGUAAGGGAGAUCCUGGGCCGCUGCACUUGCCCAGACCAGUUCCCCAUGAUCAAGGUCUCUGAGGGGAAGUACCGCGUGGGAGACUCCAGCCUGCUUAUUUUCGUGCGGGUGCUGAGGAGCCAUGUGAUGGUGCGCGUGGGCGGUGGCUGGGACACACUGGAGCACUACCUGGACAAGCAUGACCCAUGUCGCUGUUCCUCUGUUGCCCACCGGCCACCCCAGCCUAGGGCCCGCACCUUCUCCCCCCAGAGGGUGUCGCCCAUCCCCAGCCCCCGCCCUGGCAGUCCAGUCCCUGUAAGUGAGCGCAGGGGCUCCCGGCCAGAGGUGACUCCUGGCAUCUUAGGAAGCACAAAGGAGGGGCCUGAGACCCCGUCCAGGCCUCGGGAUCAGCUGCCUCCCCAUCCCCGCUCUCGCCGCUACUCUGGGGACAGUGACUCCUCAGCCUCCUCAGCUCAGAGCUGCCCCCUGAGCGCUCGCAGUGAUGACACAGGCACUGGCCCCCGGAGGGAGCGAGCCAGCCGGCGGCUGACCACAGGCACCCCUGCCUCUCCAAGACGCCCCCCAACCCCACGCAGCCAGUCCAGAGACAGGCUAGAUCGGGGUCGGCCCCGUGGGACUCUGGCAGGCAGGGGAGCCCAGCUGUCAGCCCCCAGCCCUGCCCGGCGGGCCCGGAGCCAGAACCGCGAGGAACAGGCGGUAUUGCUAGUGCGCAGGGAUCGAGAUGGGCAGCAUUCAUGGGUGCCCCGGGGCAGGGGCAGCGGGGGCUCGGGUAGGAGCACCCCCCAGACUCCCCGUGCCCACAGCCCUGCUGUACCCCAGCUUCGCCGGCUCUCCAGCCCCAGUCCAGAGUUGGGCACCACACCGGCCAGUGUCUUCCGCACACCUCUGCAGCUUGACCCGCAGCAGGAACAACAGCUGUUCCAGCGACUGGAGGAAGAAUUCCUAGCCAAUGCUCGUGCCCUUGAGGCUGCUGCUAGCGGGAUCCCCACUGGACCAGCCCCUGACCCAGCUCGGGGCCCAGACCCUCCAGCUCCUGACUCUGCCUACUGUUCUUCCAGCUCCUCUUCUUCAUCCCUCAGCGUCCUGGGUGGCAAGUGUGGCCAACCUGGGGACUCUGGCCAGACGGCCAAUGGGCUGCCUGGGCUCCGCACCCAAGCCAUGUCCAGUUCCUCCGAUGAAGGCAGCCCCUGCCCUGGUGUGGGGGGGCCAGAUGCACCUGGGAGUCCCCUGACUGGCCCAGAACACUCGAGGAGCUGGGCACGGGGUCGGAUAGACACACAGCCAGACGGUAAACCCUCACGCAUCCCCACACCUCGGGGCCCCCGUCGCACAUCUGCACCCACAGAGCUCGGAGCCUGGCAUGCCCUGCACUCAGUCACCCCAAGGGCUGAGCCAGGUUCAUGGAUGUGAUAGAACAGCCCAGCUGCCCUCACACUCCAUUCCUUUCCCUUUGUGGCCUUAACCCCCUCUGCAUCAGGGAGCCCCCUCUGCCUAUUGAGUACCAGACCUCAUGGGACCAGACCCCUCGGGACCACAUGGCACAAUGGGAUUUCUGUUGUACAUUCCGGUUAGGGGAUGAGUGUUGCUAUUUAAUUACUAAUAUUAUUGAUUGCCUUAGAGGAGGCUGGUCCAGCCCGGUGUCCUGAGGACCUGUGGCUCAGGAGAGCCUCUGACAGUAAAGUUUUGCUCCAGC